AUGAAAACUUCCACGCUACUCUCCUCUGCCUUCACUGCUUUGACAGUUUACGGGGCUUCAAGCGAAAGCUAUGUGCCUCGUACGUACUCAACGAUCAUGCCAAGCGCUUCCCAAAUUGCAGACGAUGCCGCCGAUGCCAAGACCAGUCAUGUGAGCUCGAACGUCAAGGGCUCCGGGUUUUCCAGAAUUGGUAUCAUCUGGCUUGAAAAUACCGAUUACGACAAAGCCGCGGAAGAUGAAAAUCUUGCUUGGCUUGCCUCCCAAGGUAUUACGUUGGACAACUACUGGGCCUUGAUCCACCCUUCGGAGCCAAACUACCUUGCCUCGGUGGGUGGUGACUACUUCAGUCUCAACGACGACAGGUUUAUUCAAAUGCCUGAAAAUGUGUCGACGAUUGUAGACCUGCUUGACACGAAGAACAUUUCUUGGGCCGAAUACCAAGAGCACUUGCCUUACACCGGCUUCCAAGGCUUCAACUAUUCUAACCAGGAAACCUUUGCCAACGACUAUGUGAGAAAGCACAACCCACUCGUGUUGUAUGAAAGUGUAACCAACAAUCCCGAAAGACUCUCCAGAAUCAAAAACUUCACCGAAUUCACCGACGACUUGAACAACAAGGCUUUGCCACAAUACUUUAUCAUUACACCCAACAUGACCAAUGAUGGCCAUGACUCGACCAUCAAGGUUGCAGGUCAAUGGUCUAGAGACUUUUUGGAGCCUCUUCUAUCUAACGAGUAUUUCAUGAACGACACCCUUAUUGUUCUGACUUUCGACGAAAACGACACCUACAGCAUUAAGAACAAGGUGUUCACCAUUUUGCUCGGUGGCAGCAUUCCAGACUCCUUGAAGGGUACUAAUGACUCCACAUUCUACGACCACUACUCCCAGAUUUCCUCCGUCGAGGCUAACUGGAACCUUCCAUCUUUGGGAAGACAUGACGUCGAUGCUAAUGUAUUCCAAGUCGUCGCCAACGCUACAAACAUUACCAACAAGGAUGUGGACACCACGUAUAUGGUAAACAACGAGACUUAUGUGGGCUACCUUCUCGACGACCAAAUCGCUUUCCCAGCCCCAAACGUUACCGCUAUCAACAGAAACGGUAAGGGUGUUUUGAGCGACAUUGUGAGCAAAUGGUCCUCUGAAUGCAGCGCCCAGGUCUCUGCGAGCUACUUCACUGCUACCACCACAACGGUCUCUGGCUACAUCACCGACGGUGCCACAUUGGUUGCCAAGUCUGCGUCAGCUUCGGCCGCUGGUUCCGCCUCAGCUUCGGCCGCUGGUUCCGCCGCUGGUUCCGCCUCUGGCUCUGUCUCUGGUUCUGCUUCGAGCUCCAAGGCAUCCGCCUCUGGCAACAGCUCCAGUUCUGCUUCCCACGGACAAGGUAGCGCGGUCGACGGGCGCUUGAGCCUUUUCACAAUUGCCGCUAUUUUCGCUAUCUCUCUCGUAUUGUAA